AUGCCUCUUGAAACUGUGUUUUUGGUCAUUACUGGCCUAACAUUAUUGUCGAAUCUGAUUUCCAUCGUUUCCAAGGAAAAGAUCCAACGGGCUGUUUAUUUGGUCUUUCUGAGACUGUUUUUGUCGCAAAAAUACGCCCAAUUGAAGGACCUUAAAUCUCAGCAAAUCGCCAUUAAUAAGGAAAGAAACUCGAUCAGUGCCCAGGAUAACUACGCAAAGUGGACAAAACUCAACAGAAAGUACGACUCGUUGACCGAACAGACCAAAAAACUCGAAAACUCGCUUUCUGGACAGAAAUCAUCGAUAGACUCGUAUGUUUCUAGAGCUCUCCAAUUGGUCACCGUGGUACCAAUUAACUUGCUGAAACUUUGGUAUGCUCGCAAAAGUCUGUUUUUCGUUCGCCCAGGCACAUUCCCUUGGUUCAUCGACUCGCUAGUGAUCAAUCUACCGUUCCUGCCCCGCGGAUCUGUUGGAAUCUACGUCUGGUGUUUCUGUGUCAACAAAGUGUUCUGGAUCGUCGCCAACCUGAUCCAAUCGCUCUCAGAGACCCCGCCAGCAAAACCAGCUAAAGCAAAAGUUAACUAA